AUGCAAAUUUUCGUUAAAACUCUUACCGGUAAGACCAUUACUCUUGAGGUCGAGUCAUCUGACACCAUCGACCAGGUUAAGCAAAAGAUUCAAGACAAGGAAGGAAUCCCUCCAGACCAGCAACGUCUCAUCUUCGCUGGUAAACAAUUGGAAGACGGUCGUACCUUGUCUGAUUAUAAUAUUCAAAAGGAGUCAACACUCCAUCUCGUUUUACGUCUUCGAGGUGGCAUGCAAAUUUUUGUAAAAACUCUUACCGGUAAGACCAUCACCCUCGAGGUUGAGUCGUCUGAUACUAUUGACCAGGUCAAGCAAAAAAUUCAGGACAAAGAAGGAAUUCCACCAGACCAGCAACGUCUUAUUUUCGCUGGUAAACAAUUGGAAGACGGUCGUACUUUGUCUGAUUAUAAUAUUCAAAAGGAAUCUACUCUUCACUUGGUGCUCCGUCUCCGUGGUGGGAUGCAAAUUUUCGUAAAAACCCUUACUGGUAAAACCAUCACUCUCGAAGUAGAAUCGUCUGACACUAUUGACCAAGUGAAACAAAAGAUUCAAGAUAAGGAAGGAAUUCCACCAGAUCAGCAACGUCUUAUUUUUGCAGGCAAACAAUUAGAGGAUGGUCGUACUUUAUCAGACUAUAACAUUCAAAAAGAGUCGACUUUACACUUGGUAUUACGUCUUCGUGGCGGUAUGCAGAUCUUCGUGAAGACUCUUACUGGCAAAACAAUCACCCUCGAGGUAGAAUCAUCAGAUACCAUCGAUCAAGUUAAGCAAAAAAUUCAGGAUAAGGAAGGGAUUCCACCAGACCAGCAACGUCUUAUUUUUGCUGGUAAACAAUUGGAAGACGGUCGUACACUCUCCGAUUAUAACAUUCAAAAGGAAUCUACUCUUCACCUUGUUCUCCGUCUUCGCGGUGGUAUGCAGAUCUUUGUUAAAACUCUUACCGGUAAAACCAUUACACUUGAAGUCGAAUCAUCUGAUACUAUCGAUCAAGUAAAACAAAAAAUUCAAGAUAAAGAAGGAAUUCCACCAGACCAGCAACGUCUUAUUUUUGCGGGUAAACAAUUAGAAGAUGGCCGUACGCUCUCAGAUUAUAAUAUUCAAAAAGAAUCUACUCUUCAUCUUGUUCUUCGUCUUCGCGGUGGUAUGCAGAUCUUCGUUAAAACCCUUACUGGUAAAACCAUUACACUUGAAGUCGAGUCGUCUGAUACUAUUGAUCAAGUCAAACAAAAAAUCCAAGAUAAAGAAGGAAUUCCUCCGGAUCAGCAACGUCUCAUUUUUGCAGGCAAACAAUUAGAGGACGGUCGUACACUUUCUGAUUAUAAUAUUCAAAAGGAAUCCACUCUUCAUUUAGUACUUCGUCUUCGUGGUGGGCAAUAG